AUGGCAACUAAAACCAAAUACACCGUGAUAGGAAUUUCUCUAGCAGUGUCUGUAGUGUUCACCUUACCCAAGCUGAUUUACUACAAAGUCAUCCAUAUAAAGCUAUCAGACGGCACCAUAGGACGUGUAUGUAGCUCAGACAUGACCAUCCCCGGUUCAGAAGUACUGGUUUCCGGUCUGACGGUUCUUCUAAUUAUCAUUUCCGCUCUGGGUUCCAUUGUCAUGACUGUUCUCUAUUGCUUGGUAGCACGGGUCAUCUACAAGCAAAUAAAACAAUUCAAAGGCAUGCGGAUUCAAAAAGUACGCUUCAGAAAUUUGUACGGGAAUCUAAGAGCAAGCAUUAUUAAUGCCUUUGAACGCGAGAAUGCAAGCAGACGUUCGAGCUACGAUAGACCAAUGGUGAAAUUAGAAAGCGUUACAGAAGAAAAUCAACUUGAGGUCUUACAACCGGAGGUAAGUGUUGGUUUCCAAGAGGUUCCAAAAUGUGACAAGGGAACGCUACGAAAAAACCCGAGCAGAAACAGAUCAAAAAGCAAAACUAAGUCUCUAGCUGUGUACCUCAGCGCCAACCGGAAGGCACGACGGUCAUCAUUAAUGUUUUUCGCUGUUACUGCAGUAACGGUGCUUUCCUACAUACCGAAAUGGACGUAUGCAUUACUGGACGCUAAGGAUCCGUCGCGAUGGUUUCAAAUGCCCUUAGUGACAUUCCAUUUUCAUGUGUUUUUACGUUCACUCAGUGUUUUGGGUUUUCUGACGCAUCCGUGGAUAUAUGUGUACUACGAUAAAGCUUUACAGAAAGAGAUAAAGAAAAUCAUCCGUCGGGGAUCAGGUUAUGAGGACUCUAAUAGUUUUUAG